AUAUUUUCCCAGAAAAUUUUCAAAAUCAGGGAAAAUUUUCUCCUUUUCUUUCGCAGCACACCUUACAUAUGCAUAUAUAGCUCAAGAUUCUGUAUCUUUCACACUCAACAGUGAGACAAUAACAUCAUAGCCCCACAAACAUGCAUUCAUCACUCCUAAUUCUUCUCUCUGUCAACGAUAUUCUUCCUUAAAAUCCAAACUUACCUGUUUUUUUGAUGAUUUUGCCUCUGUUUUAUAGAUUCUGUUUUGGUUUUUUCGGCCCAUAAAACAGAGAGUCAACCUUGAUUCAACGUUGACCCUUUUUCCCAGACAAUGACCGAGGUGGAGAAUCAUAGCAAGAUGGAUGAUCCCACUGACCAGUUUCCAGUAGGAAUGCGUGUUCUUGCUGUUGAUGAUGAUCCAAUUUGCUUGAGGAUUUUGGAGGCUCUGCUUCAGAAGUGUCAAUACCAUGUUACUGCGACUAAACACGCACCGACGGCGCUGCAGUUGUUGAGAGAAAACAAAGACAAGUUUGACCUGGUAAUCAGUGAUGUCCACAUGCCAGACAUGGAUGGAUUCAAGCUUCUUGAGCUUGUGGGGCUUGAGAUGGACCUACCUGUCAUAAUGUUGUCUGUCAAUGGCGACCCGAAGAUGGUGUUGAAGGGAAUUACUCAUGGCGCUUGUGAUUAUCUGCUGAAACCUGUUAGAGUUGAGGAGCUACGGAACAUUUGGCAGCAUGUGGUCAGGAAGAAGAAGAAGACUGUCCCGAAGGAAGGGACCAAAACCGGCAACCAAGACACUCCUAUUUCUCAUAGUGACAACGGUCAAGGGUCGGCAGCGACAACAAAUUCCGAUCAAAAUGGAAAAUCAUCCAAGAAAAGGAAGGACCUGGAGGAAGAUGAUGAUAAUGAGGUGCAUGAGAAUGGUGACGACAGUGAUGACCCAUCAGCUCAGAGGAAGCCUCGAGUUGUUUGGUCGGUUGACCUGCACCGCAAGUUUGUUGCUGCCGUCAAUCAGUUAGGCCUGGAUAAGGCUGUACCUAAAAGAAUUCUUGAAAUGAUGAAUGUUGAUCAGCUUACAAGGGAGAAUGUUGCCAGCCAUCUUCAGAAAUAUAGACUUUAUCUGAAGAGACUUAGCUGUGUGGAAAACCAACAAGCUAAUAUGGUGGCAGCCUUAGGCAGUGCAGAUCUGUCCUACCAACAAGCUCAUAUGGUAGCAGCCUUAGGCAGUGCAGAUCCAUCCUAUUUGAGAACGGGUUCUCUGAGUGCGCUCGGACAUUUGCGGACAUUGAACGCAUCUCGACAGUUUCACAACAAUGCUUUCAGAUCCUUCACACAUGAUGGGAUGGUUAGUAGAAUGAACCCUCCUUCUAGUAUGAAUGUGCAAGGGUUGCCUUCUUCGGGAACUCUUCAGGUGAUUCAGGCACAAAAUUUAAACAAUUCCAUGAAUGGCAGCCAACUUAAGUUCCAUUCAGCUCUCAUUGGUGGGAAUCAGAAUGAUCAAUUGCAACACAACAAGGGUGUUAGUCAUAUUCAAAACCUGAACACUAAUUUUAAUGCUAAACCCACUUUUCCCAUCACCAAUCAAAGACAAGGUGGGUUGAGUAUCUCAAACAACGCCUUGAUGUUAGAAAUGAAUCCUCAACACAAAUUAAUGGGAGGAGUUUCUACUUCAUUAGCCCCACAACAACAUUCACAAUUCUCUCUCCCUUUGAUGGAUAAUGGAAGGUUGAAUGAUGGUUGGCCCAGUGUUUUCCAUUCAUCUGGAAAAAAUUCUUACACUCCAAGCGAACGUUUUGGACCGGCUUCUAUGACUCCUACAAAUAACAUGAAUCUGAGUGGUGCACCCUCCCCAAAUUCAUUGACAGAUAUGCACUCUAAAGGUGUCACUUUUACAAAUACUCCUCCUGGGCAAAUAAGCAAUAGUGUUUCAUUGCAAGGGUGGAAUAAUCAUAAUAAUCUGAGUGGCGGUUACAAUUCUCAUGUUAUUGGUAACUCAAUAGGCUCUACGAUUCCCCCGAAUGGUGGUGUUCCAGACGGCAAUGCUUCGAUGAACUCAACCUUCAAUUUUGGUGAUCCCUUACAAAUGAAGCAUGAUGGGAUCAUUGAAUUACCUGGAGAGCCCUCAUUGAUACCACAUCAGCAGGUACAUGUAAUGAACCAGCAGAAGCCUCGUCACAGCCGCUUCUCGAAUAGUGUGGGUUCCCUGGAAGAAUUGGCCAGUGCAAUGAUGAUGAAACAGAAUCACGACAUGUAUGGAUUCCGCCGCGAUAACAAUCAUUCUGGUGGUGGUGGUGGUGGUGGGGCACCUCUGUGACUGCAAGUUUGGCCGUACAUAUAUGGAUCAUCAUUGUCAUGCUUGUUGAUGAAUUUUUCCAGUCUUCCAUUUACUGUUUUCCCAGUUUUGUCUUGACAGAAAGUUUCUCAUGGUGCAGCUUCUCUAGUUUUUGGUAGACAUGGUUUUUAUUUUUAAUUUUUUGCAAAUUUUGUUUGCGUUGCAUAUACAAGAAUAAGAUAAUUACAGUGACAAAACACUGGAUUUUUCCAAUUAUUAUGAAUGCACGGUAGCAUUCAUUGAUUAUUUUAGCAAUAAACUCAUUCUUAUUA